AUGUCAACACGUUCUAUAAGCGGUUUUAUUCGUGAUGUCCGAGAUAAAAGUGCUAAAGGCGUAACAUUAGCACAAACAUUAGCACAGCCCAGUUCGCCGCGACAUGGCGUACAAAAUCAUCAUAAUACGUCAUCAAGAGGCACACCGACACCACCACCACCGCCACCACCACUGCCACACGAGCAAAUUGUCACUGAUCCUUUAUUAGGCACAAAUUCAAUAACAAUAGAUCCCUAUCAUUACUCCGCAUUACAAGACACAAAUCAAGCAUUAAAAGCGGAAGUUCAACGAUUAGCAAAAGUCGAAGAAGAAAAUCGAGCAUUAUCUAUACAACUUGAACAGUAUAAUGAUAUUUAUAAGUCUUAUAGAAACGUUCAAAAUGAACUUGUACAAUUGCGUAAUAUUGAAGUACAAAAAAAGAAUUUACAGGAUGAAUUAGAACAAAUUCGUGAAAAUGAAAAGACAACAUUAUCUUAUUUACAACAUGAAAAUGAUCAAUUACGUUCUCAAAAUGAAAAUUUACUCACAGAAUUAACUCGUUUAACAGAGUUAGAUGGACGUGAACGAUUAUCAAAACAAAAAUAUGAACAAGAAAAUGUUGAAAAUAUAAAACAACUUGAUGAAUUAAGACUUCAAAAUGAUGAACUAAAAUUAAUGAUUGAACAAUUAAAACUUAACGAUAAACAAGGAAAAUUACAAUAUGAUACAGAUAUUAGACAAAUUAAUGAUGAAAAUUUAAAACAUCGUACAACAAAUGAACAAUUAAAAUUUAAUUGUAAUUUAUUAAAAGAAGAAUUAGAACAAAUGAAAGAACAAUACGAAACAAUUAUUAAACGAAAAUCUAUCGAACAUGAAAAUGAAAUGAAAUUUUUACAGAAUGAAAAUAAAGAAUUAAAGCAAAUUGAUAAAUUAUAUGAUGAACAAAAGAAGGCAAAUGAACGAACAGUUAUUGAAAAGAAAAAAUUGGAAAAUGAUUUAUUGACAAUGAAUACGCUCAAUGAGCAAUGUGCCGAAUUCCAAGCACUCGUCGAUAAAUUACAGAAUGAAAUCAAAACAACAAAAGAAGAACUUGAAAAUGUAAGAAAAAUAAAUUUACAAUUGACAUAUGAAAUUAAUGAUUUAAAACUACAAAAAUAUACGGAUGAUAAAUUUCAACAAGAAUUUGAACAUUUACAAGACAUAUUAAAAUUAAAAACAGAUGAAUGUGAUAUGAAACGUGUUGAAGUUGAUACACUUUCAAUGAAAAUAGCUGAUUUAGAUUCAACAAUAAAAUCAUUAUGUGAUGCACAAGAAAUUCAACGAAAUUUAAAAAUUGAAAAUGAAUCAAAUAAACAAGAAUUAAGAAAAAAACAAGAUGAUUUAGAACAAUUUCAACGAAUGCAUGAUACAUCAAAACAAGAACAUCAAGAAACAAUACAACUUUUAGAGGAAAAAUUACGUGAUUUGGAAAAGAAAACUGAAUUACAAUCAUUGAAACAUGAAGAAAUUCUACUUGAAUUUGAAUCAUUAAAAGCAAGACGAGAUCGUAUUUUACCUCAAGCAUACAAUAAUAGUCAUAUUGAUACAACAGUAUAUCCUUUUAUAUCUCCAACAGUUCCACUUAUACACCAUCAACCAAAAGUAAUACCUCAUGUGUCUUCUCAAGACUCUCAAACAUCUCCGUCAGACGAGAAUGCACAACAAUUUCCAAUGAAAAAGAAAACAACUAUACUUCAUCAAUCAACAGGAAGUCAAUCAAAUGAAAAUGAACUUGAACUGUCAAAUAAUGAAUCAAAAUAUCGAUAUCAAACAAAAAAUUUGAAUCAGAUAUCAAAUAAUCAAUUGGCAAUAGUUAUCGCUAAAUAUUCGUAUGAUCCUCUACAAUUAUCACCUAACGAUCAUCCAGAAACCGAAUUACCGUUAAUAAUGGGAGAUUAUUAUUUGAUAUUUGGUAAUGUUGAUGAGGAUGGAUUUUUUGAUGGUCGAAAUCUUGAAGGACGAUACGGUUUAAUACCAUCAAAUUUUGUUGAAAUUAUUCAUGAUUCAAAUGAUUUACCUGAUACUGUUCGAAGUAUUAUUCAAAAAUUGACAGGAAAAAAUUUAAAUCUACUCGAUAAUCGUGAUGCAAUGUCAAGUGUAGAUUCUGAUGUAUUUAUUCCUUCAUCAUCAUCUCAUAAUAAAUCAGUUCCAAAUAAAUAUCGUCCCAAUAUAAAUGAUCAAACAUCAUAUUCAACUCAUAACGGAAAUAUAUCUGAUGUAUCUAGUAAUCGUUCUGACAUAUUAGCUAAUAAUGUAUAUUCUCGUCAUAUUCCAUGUCCAACAAAUUUAAGAAUAGAAAAACAAUUAUCAAAUAGUAUAAUGAUAGCAUGGAAUCCUCCGUUAAUAACGAACAAUCAACAAUUACAUUUAAUGAGUUAUCAAAUAUUAUUAGAUCAUAAUUUAUAUUCAACAAUACAUCCAAAUGAAAAAACACGUGCACUCAUUGAAAAUAUAAAUUUAAAUGAAAUGCAUCGGAUUAGUGUAAGAACAUUAACACAAUUUGGCUCAUCGCGUGAUCAAGAAUGUACAUUAUUAAUUAAUGGAAUUCCGGCAGGAAAUAAUAAUAGUGAACAAAUAUUAUCUUAUGCACCAAGCGAAUUAAAAGUGGAUCGAAUAUCUCAAACAUCGGCCGUAGUUAGUUGGUGGCCAGCAUCAAAUAAUUUAGCUCAUAAAUUAUUAGUGAACGAUAUUGAAGUACAAACAUUAAAACCAAAUGUUCAUCGUUUCAAACUAUCUGGUUUAUUACCGGAUUCAGUUCAUAAAGUAACAAUCAAAGCUAAACUACCUUCACAUCACUCUAAACAGUCACAACAACAGCAACAACUAAGUACAUCAACUGAAUUUAAAACACUUGCAUUUGUACUUCUUAUAGAUGAAUCAAUCGAACCUCCAAAACGUGUUCAGAUCAUUGCUGGUCCACAAGCAGAUACACUACUGGUAUCGUGGGUACAAUCUACAUCAUUAUCAAACACAUUACGUGGUUAUCGAAUAAUGAUUGAUGGACGAAAAUUAGUCGACGUUCUAAACCCUUUAUCCGAUCAUUCUGUGUUACAUAUAAAUUCUUUGAAUCUUGCUCGAUUAUUAUCCGUUCGAUGUAUAACAGAUGAAGGCGAAUCGAGAGAUUCAGUACCGGUGUUAUUGACUGAUAUCUUAACAAAGCUUGAUAUGGAUACAUCAUUGACAUCAACGAUAACAGACGACAAGGAUAAUGACGGAAUUCAAACAGCUUCGACAUUAACAUUGCAUUCGGAUGAUGAAUCGAAUAGUAAUGUUCCAGUUCUUCCUACUAUUCCUUCAAGUCGUGCUGUUGAACCCAAGCCUUUUAUUGAGAAUGUGAAAAUACCUGCAACAAUCCCUCGUUCAUUUGACACAUUACCAUCAACAAAUCAUCGUCAAAUAGCAGCAAUAAAACCAGAUGAAAAUGGUAUUUCUGCUUCUCUUCCAUCUCCUGCUAAUAUUAAACCAGAUAAAAUACGUCCAAUAAUAAAAGAAAAAUUGUCUCGUCCACUACCUACGCUAUCAUCACCAUCUUCAAUUCAACCAAAGCUAAGUGAUGUUCCACAAAUUGAAAUCAACAGUCCGAGUCCUAGCAGUCCACGCAAAAGUCGAGAAGAACAUUUCGGAUAUGAUGAAUAUGUUCAGCAAACUUCACCUGAAGAAAUACUUCCUGUUACACGGAUAUCAAAAUCAUCAAAUAAACAACAACAACAACAGCCACAGCCACGAAAAAUAAAAGAAAAUCGAUCGGCUUCCAGUAGUAGUUCAGCUGCCAGUGUACGACAACCACUUUCACAACAACAACGUGACCAUUCAGAUCCAAGAUCAUCGGACGGUCGACGCAGUGUCAGUGUGGAAAAUGAACAACGACGAACGACUCGUAGUUCAUCAUCCACCUCAACGAUUACACCUAAUACUGAUAAAGCUUUAAAAUAUAAUUCACCUCGACAUGCAUCAUCGUCAUCAGAUGAUCAACAAACAUCUAAAAUCACAUCUCCAACAAUAAGAACAGCACAUAUCAAAGAAGAAAAUAAUGAAAUUGUAAAUCGAAAGACAACACAACAACAGCAACAACAAAAACCAUCAUCGGUGUUUGACAAAAUAAAAAUGUCUGUUAAUCAUCGACCACGAUUAUUUAUUGCCUUAUUUACCUAUGAUCCAAAUUUGAUGUCACCAAACAAAGAUAAUGAUGAAGAAUUACCCUUUAGCGAAGGACAACUAAUUAAAAUUUACGGUGAUCAAGAUGCAGAUGGAUUCUAUGUUGGUGAAACACCAAAUGGACGAACUGGUUAUGUUCCUGGCAAUAUGGUAACAGAAUUACAAGUGGAAGAUGCAGAAAUUGAAGCACAACUAUUACGUGAACAGUUUGGAGAAACGAAUCAACAUAAUCAUACAACAGCUCCAGUACCUUCGUUAACAACAACAAGUGCUCCGCAAUCCUUAACGAAUAAAGCCUACUUAAAAAAUUCAGUAUCAACGGCACCUGUAAAAAAAAUGAUUGCUGUCUAUGAUUACAAUGCACAUGAAUUGUCUCCUAAUGCAGAUCCAGAUGAAGAACUUUCGUUUAAAUCCGGUGAUAUCAUCUACGUCCACGGUAAUGUUUUGGACGACGGUUACUUUAUGGGCGAAAUGAAAGGUGUCCGGGGUUUGGUGCCCUCAAAUUUUCUGCAAGAAGUAACAAAUGAUCCAACAUCAGUACCACAACAACAAGAAGAUGUGAUAACAAGUGAAAUCAAGCGGUCCUCAUCAAGUGUAAGUGUUGAUCCUCAAUCACCAACAUCAUCUGUGUUGCCGAUAGCAUCACAUACAACGAACACGACUAGUGAUUCCAAACCAGUACAGGAAAAAGAAUCAUCUUCAGUUAUAUUAAAUAAAAAUGUGCUACCAGUAGCUGCCAUAUCGCACGAUGGAUCAGAACCAAUGGAAACGAUUCCAGUGUCAAUAACUUCCUUAGCAGAGCAAGACAAUGUAAAACCACCAUUAACCAAAGGUUUUUUUGAUCGAUUUCUUGAUACAUUUACCUGGAAUAAAUCGGAACCAAUCUAA